AGCAAGCAUAAAGAAGGAAGUUUAUAUGCCAGAAAAGUUAAUAUGUGCCAUAUCAGCACCCAAAAGAUGUCACGUGCAGCAGUCAUUUGUCUGACAGUAUUUGUAAUCAUUAUGCAAACAAAAGAUAAUGUAAAUGCUGCAAUUCAUCUGACAGCAACUCCUUACCUGCAAACAUUUGUAUCACAUGACACGUACGAUGGAAAUACAUCAUUUUAUCCGGAACGAAAGUAUUCUCGCGACUGGUUAAUUAUAAGCCAAAUUCCGAAUUACAAUAUCACAAUAGAAUUCAUCGAAUGUGCCUUGGAGACGGGAAAUAAUAAAGGAGUUUGUAUAGGGGAUAACGUAUUUGUUUAUGAUGGUACAAAUGCAAGCGCAACUCUACUUAAAGAGACUUGCUGUGGAAUUUAUGACACAGUCCCGUUCACAGUGCAGAGCACAUACGGCUAUAUGUAUGUUCUUUUUCAAACUGACGACACAGUUGGCAGGGAAGGUUUUCGUAUAAGUUAUAUACUGGAGGGAGCACCAACGACAACUGCAAGUGACACCACAAGCACAAACCACGAUAGUAAACUACCAAUGUAUAUAGCUGUUGGAUGUGCCGUACUUGUAGCUUCAAUCAUAUUAUUUAUUUCUGCUGUAUGUUGUUACAAAAGGAAGACAGCCAGUGGUGAUAAUACUCAAUGCUAUGAAAAUUAUGAAAUAAAAACAUAAAAGCUCCAAUCAACAAAAUUCGGAAAAAAAGUGAUAAAUUGACAACAUUGAACGAGUAAAUGCAUGACUAGCCACCAAUAUUCGAUUGUAGUACGGUAUAAUUUUGAUAUCAGAUCUUUAAUUUAUUUGAAUUGAAUAAAAGAAUAAGUGAGGUAUGCUUCACUGAGAUAGCAGUUAUGUGACACAAAUAACUAAAAACACGUAGGGGUAAGCAUAAAGUGUACAACGAUAUAUUGGUGUCUAUUCAUUGUGUCAAGCUUUAACUUACCCCAAUUGCAAGCCUUAAAAACUUUGGAAUAAAUCAAAAUGAGGUUAUAAAUGAUAUAAAACCAUUAUAAGCUAAUUGUCUGUUUUUUUAUAGCUACGAACAUUCUUGGGUGUGGUAUAAUUUAUGACUGUUUUUCCUAGAACCCGUGUUUUCUUUUGUCUAUUAUUACUGUUUAAUAAAGUUAUUUGAUAAAUGUU